AAUUAAAUUUUAUUAAACACGUUUUAGGUUCAGUUUCACCCUCUACACCCAGACCUGCUUUUCCUCAUUCCAAAUCAAGAGAUCCCUGCUGGCAGCAUGAAGUAGGCCUUCAACAGCACAUCGAGCUCAGAUUUAAAGAAGUUUGAGAUCAGAUGUCUGAUCCUUCAGACACCCAGAAACUAAGUCCACUGCCAGCAGUUACCUAAAGGCCAAAACAGAGCCAACCUGUGUGUCAUUUGGUCAUUUAACACAGACUCCAGAAAUCUGGAGGAAUGAAGAAGAAGAAACACUUUGCUUAAAGAAAAACCAUAAAGAGUUCGGAGGCGACAGAAACAGAGAAAGAAGUUUCCUCUGAUCAGUCAAAACAUUUUGACCUUCAUGCCAAACUCAUCUGGUUCACUGGAAAACAUGAAGGCGGAAUAAAAGCUGCUACUCUGAAAUACCUGAGCCUACAGAGGGCGGUUUGUUGGUGGAUGUUUGGGAUGAACUUUAAGGGAUAAAACAAGCAAACAAACAACAACAAAAGAUUCUGACUGCUGAUUGGUCCGGCCUGAAACCUCCCGAACCUCCCGAUGGCCCGCCCUGCUCCUGGGCCGACGUUUUAAAAGUAAAAAACUUAAAGUGCAGCAUAAAUAAACGUAAAAAUGGUUUGUGAUAUACCAAACAAUUUCCAUUUAAGACGUUUAAAAAGUUUUUAUCUGCAUCAGCUCCAUUUGUACCAUUAUUGAUCUACAGUCGGGGACGCAUCAUAUUAUUCCAAAUGUAUGUGUGUUAGAAUGGCUUAGUCAAAGUCCAGACCCUAAAUCUGUCUGUUCUGUUCAAACUGUAACAUCGCAUCAGGAAAAACAGAAGAUCCCCUUUAGUGGUCAUAAUGUUAUGCCAGGUUGCCGUAAGUAGAGUCAAGUUUGCAGCAUUUCAGCUAAAAUCCCGAGGAAAUCCGUGGGAACGGAUCCAGAAUGUAGGCUGGCUGCCUGAUCCAAAAGUGACCCAGUUACGGAAGGAGGCGCGAAGCGGCGGAGAGGAAGAAGGAGGCGCGAUGAGCGGAGCGGAGAGGAGAGAGUUAGCAGACAAAAGGAUGAGCUGAGGCGCGUGGGAUGACACCGUGGGUUAGGCGGGAGGAGAGAGGGAGCGCAGACACACGGAGGGUGACGUCAAACCCGAGCGGAGUGGAGCUGACCAGCCGCCGCUCUCUGCGCCUCUGCACGCGGCCGCCGCGGCUCUGAAACACCGCGGAGGUCUUACAGGGAGGGACCGGAGGAAGAGGAGGAGGAGGAAGAUCAGCCUCGCCUCGCGCUGAACGGGGAGGCAUCGGACGCGUUAUUUAUUUACUGGUUGGAGCGUGCCUGCUCGCCUCGCGCUGUCAGACAGGUGUUACCAGCGCGCGGGAUGGAGCUUUGAUCCACGCCGGAUCCUGAAGGUGGAGGCUCGCGCGCAGCAACAAGUUUGAGGUUCCGAAUUUCCUCUGGAUUCAUAAAUCGGAUUUUAUGAAGUUCUUGUUCUGCUUUUCUUUUUUUCUCCACGCCUGGUGAUUCUUUUGGGAAUCUUUAAAGGAAAACUAGGAAUUCCUGCAGCGUGUUAAUCCCGCUCUGGUUCUGGUUCCGGUUCGGUUGGACUCGGAUCCUCCGACCCGUUACCAAACAGAGUCCCUUUCUGUUCCACGGUCCCGGCUCUGCGUGGCGCCGCGACCCCCUGAUGGUGUCCGCGGUCCGGUCACAGUGGCUCGAGCUGCGGUCGCUGCUCGGACGCGCCACGCGGUGAUUUUCCCACGCGGGGAUCAUGAUGGCUGGUCCGGCAGAGGCGAGAUCGGUUCGGAAGGUUCUGUAAGGGAUCCGCUGUCUUGACAAUGACCUCCAGCCGCGCUGUGCCCCGCGCCGUUCCCACCCCAACCCGAAAGAAAAGCACGCGCCCUCGGUUCGAUGCGCACGAGAAGACGUCGUGUCCCCAGAACCGCUGAUCCGACUGAGAGUCCGGAGGAGCAGGAGGAGAGGAGACACUGAGACAGACGAUCGGAGCUGAGAGGUGGUGAUGGAGCUGUCGGAGGUGCGCUGCUCCAGCGCGAGUGAGGAGCUGUACACUAUCAACAAGACGCCGAGCAGCAGCGGCAACAGCAGCGGCAGCGGCGGCGGCGGCAGCGCGCGGCCCAAGCGGCUGCUGUGGCAGAACGCGGUGCGGCACAUCACCGAGCAGCGCUUCAUCCACGAGCAGGGCGGCGGCGGCGGGGGGGCCAAAGACGACCCCUUCGACCCGAUCCAGGGCGCGAGGAAGCAGUCCGCGGGCCGGACCUCGGUGGGGGACCGGCACAAUAACGGCGGGACCAAAGUGUUCCCCGAGCGGGCGAGCAGCGACCUGGGCUUCCUGCAGAUCGACUGCGCGCCCAGUAACUCGGACUUCUUCCUGAACUGGGGCUACACGUACCGGGGCGUGAUUUUCCCCACGCUGCGGAACGCCUUCAAGUCGCGCGAUCUGGAGCGGCUCUACCAGCGCUACUUCCUGGGCCAGCGGCGGAAGUCCGUGGUGGUGAUGAACAUCCUGGACGUGGUGACCAAGCUCACCCUGCUGGUGCUGCACCUCACCCUGGCCUCCACCCCCAUGGAUCCCAUCAAGGGCACGCUGCUGGGCUUCUUCACCGGCAUAGAGGUGGUCAUUUGUGCCUUAGUGGUGGUGCGGAAGGACACCACCUCGCACAGCUACCUGCAGUACAGCGGCGUGGUCACCUGGGUGGCCAUGGCCACGCAGAUCCUGGCGGCCGGCCUGGGCUACGGGCUGCUGGGGGACGGCGUGGGCUACGUCCUGUUCACGCUGUUCGCCACCUACAGCAUGCUGCCGCUGCCGCUCACCUGGGCCAUCCUGGCCGGCCUCUUCACCUCCGGGCUGCACAUCCUGGUCCAGCUGUUCAUCUCGGAGAGCGCGCGCUUCUUCACCAACCAGGUGGCGGCUCAGGCCGUGCUCUUCAUGUGCAUGAACACCGCUGGCAUCUUCAUCAGCUACCUGUCCGACCGGGCCCAGCGCCAGGCCUUCCUCGAGACGCGGCGCUGCAUCGAAGCUCGCCUCAGACUCGAGACUGAGAACCAGAGACAGGAACGGCUGGUGUUAUCCGUGCUGCCACGUUUUGUAGUUUUGGAAAUGAUCAACGACAUGACAAAUGUAGAGGACGAACACCUCCAGCAUCAGUUCCACAGAAUUUACAUCCACCGCUACGAGAAUGUCAGCAUUCUUUUCGCAGAUGUUAAAGGAUUCACGAACCUUUCCACCACGCUGUCCGCCCAGGAGCUGGUACGAAUGUUGAAUGAACUCUUUGCACGUUUCGACCGCCUGGCUCACGAGCAUCACUGUCUGCGAAUCAAGAUCCUGGGAGACUGUUACUACUGCGUGUCUGGUCUACCUGAGCCCAGACCGGACCACGCCCACUGCUGCGUGGAGAUGGGACUGAGCAUGCUCAAAACCAUCAGAUACGUCCGAUCUCGUACGAAACACGACAUCGACAUGCGGAUCGGGAUCCACUCCGGAUCGGUGCUGUGCGGCGUUCUGGGACUCAGGAAGUGGCAGUUUGACGUCUGGUCCUGGGACGUGGACAUCGCCAACAAGCUGGAGUCCGGAGGCAUCCCGGGGUGAGGGAGCAG